AUGGCCACCUGCAAACUCAUGCGUACAUCCGCAAGACAGAGCUGGAUUAUUCUCUCAGAAAGCUCGUUGGGACGGCGUUCCUUCUCCUACUCUUCCAAGACAGCCAGCUCCAGCCCGCGAUCGCAGUCACACAAGCCAUCCAUCCCCGCCAUCACGCUCGAAGAGCACUUCCUCACCGCCUCCAGCGCCACGAAGCUCGGCUCCGGCAACCGCUCCCCCCACGACGCCUUGAGCGAGGUCACCGGCAGAGACCUGCGGAAAGGUCUCAUCGACUCCUCUCCCACGCCCGCCGAGGCCGCCGCCAUCAACGACGAGCUGCACGCCGCCACGCAGGCCCACCCGGACCGCUUCGUCGGCUUCGCGGGCGCUGCCGAUGGGGGGGACCCCGUGGCGGCGCCGAGGGAGCUGCGGCGCGCGGUCACGGAGCUGGGGUUCGUCGGCGCGCUGGCGGUUGAGCUGGAUGUGCCGAUUUACAUUCACCCCGCGUUCCCGCUGGAGGUGGUGGCGAAGGCGAAGUAUCAGGGUAACUACGAUGCGUUUUCGGCGUCGUGUAUCGGGUCCUGGGCGUAUUGGUGGCAUUCGGAUAUUGCGGUCCAUAUCCUUCGCCUCUACGCUUCGGGCUUGUUUGACGCACAUCCUGAGGUCAAGCUUGUGAUUGGCCACAUGGGUGAGACGCUGCCGAUGAUGAUCGGGCGCAUCGGGCAGUGGCAGCGUGGUUUCAGUGGCGCUAAGCGCAGCUUUGAAGACGUGUGGAAGAAGAACAUUUAUGUCACGACUUCGGGGUUCUUCGAUGUUCCGCCGUUGAAGCUGCUCUUGGAUACUCUGCCUGCGGACCACAUUAUGUAUUCGGUAGAUUACCCGUUCGGGUCGAACGAGCAGGGAGCGGAGUUUCUGGAGCGGAUUGAGAAAGAGAAUGUGUUUGAGAAGUACGGUGGCGAAGAGGCGUAUCGCGGGUUCCUGAGGGGAAAUGCGGAGAAGCUGUUGAAGCUCAGGGAGAAGGGGAUUACUUCAGCGUAG